AGCCGAUGUUACUUUCCGAUUCAAUGCACGAUAAUUACCAAAUCUAUUGAUAUUGAUAAUGGAAUCACAUUGAAAUGGAAUGAUGUUGAUAAGAAAUGUUUCCUGUUGUUUGUGCACAUGUAGACCAUGAUAACGAGGCAGCAUUUAUUUCGCGAGAGGGCCUGAUCCGAUGCCAUAUUUUCGUUUCACAAAGUAGAAGUUUACUUCCCCAAGAUGAGUACAAUUGUUCCUUACUCAAACGAGGACCCCGAAAAGCUAUUUGUUUGUCCUUAUUUCAAGGAGCAUGUCGUUCGUGCAUGUCGAUUUAACCAGCACAUUCGCAAGUGUCAGAAGAUCCAAGGUGGUGUAGGAUACUUAAUUUGUCCAUUUAAUCGAUCACAUCAUAUACCAGAAAAAGAUUAUAACUUCCAUCUCAAAAAUUGUCCAGAUAAGCAUGUGAUUCAGCAAGACAUAGAUGAAGCUCAAGGCAUAAAGCAGCACACGCUACCGGCUGUGGAACAUCACCCAGAAUAUGAUAAACUAGAGUCAACUGAAGAUUGGGAUGCUGAGUUUGAGCAUCAUCAGCUUCAACAAAGGAUGGAUCAAGAACAACAAAUGGAAGAAGAACGAAAUGCGGAGGAGGAGGAGGAGAAUCUUACCAAUAUUCAGUUGCUGCCUGAACACCCUCCAAACUGGGAAAGUAUGACCAAAGCACAAAAAACAAAUUACAAACGCAGAUAUAAAAAACAGCAAGAAAAGCUUAAAGAAAAAGGCUUGACACAUGCAGAUUUUCAAAAAUCAAAGAACCCUGAGGACUGGACCGAGGAAGAGAGGGAAGCAAAAAUAAAUUUGAUGUUAAGUUUGUAUCCUCCUCCAAAAGUAACAGGUAGUUUCAAAGAUUACAAAAGUGUAUUAAACCAAUACUGCCAGAAAAACAGGAUAAACCAGCCUAAGUAUUAUGAAAUCCCCUCAUGCUUCAGUGGUUUUGCUUGUGAAGUUAUGGUGAAUGGCAAGACAUACAGAAGCCAUGGCCAUCAAACCAACAAAAAAACUGCAGGCCAUUCUGCUGCCAAAUGGGCACUCAUGGAGCUUGAGGUACCAGAAGCGGAACAAAAUGAGCUUAAUCAAAAGCUUCGCCCUGCAAGAACAGCUGAAGAUAUGGCCAUGUUGCGCUCUGCUCACGAGGUUGGCUUGCUACAACAGGCAGGGCACCUUCCAUCUGUAAGCAAGCCAUCACAAGAAAUGAAUAAUCAUGUUACUAAACGAAUGCAGCAAGUGAAACCUCCAGUUACACCACAAGUUGUGUCUAAACCGUCUCCUCAACCUGUACCGGAGCCUGUGCCUGUAUUGAUUCCUCCAUCUGCCUUCACAAAGCAGACUGACAUUAAUGGAGGUUUUGCAUCUCCUGUAGCAUCAGGAGUAGACUCUAAUGAUAGUUGGCAAACAGUUGGUUCCAAAAAGUCUGCAAGAUCAGGAAAAGGACGCGGACGAGGAACGGCCUUGGCAACCUUCUAAACAUUUUUCACACAGAGCACAGUUAAAAAAAGCACACACAGCCCUCCUGAUGUGAGUUCGCAUUUUUCUGAACCAAGCAUGAAAGAUAAAAAGCUAUUAAAAUUUUCAUUUAAUUUAAUGACAUUAGAGUAUUUUCUUUCUUUACAUUGUCAGUUAAAUGUAAGAAAGCCCCAUGUUUUUAAACUUUUUAGAUAUGGUGUUGAUUUCAUAACUGGCGGUGAUUGUUCUUAUUAUAGGGCAAACAAUAAACAUAAGUUGUUUGCUUGGCUUUCAAGAAAAUAAUUUUGGCACAUUUCGGCUCUAUGUCUGUUUAUAUUUUGGCUUGUCAGUUAGACUUUGCGGGGAUUUUAAAAAAACUAACAUUUUAGUUUUAGAGAAGAAGUGUUUCAUUAGGAAAGACUUUGAUGAUUCCAUUAUUCCACUUUUAUAACAUUUAGAAAGUUUAAAUACAAACAGUUUUAGUUUUAAAUUCAGAUUUGUGUAUAGGGUGUUGUUAAAGAAUAUUAGGGACAUCUACUUUCCCCCGUAACAGUCCUGCUUUUGAAUAAGGGGGGGGGGGAUAAAAACAGGUUUGCAUUUCUUGUCAGGGCUACCCAAGAUUUUUGAGCAUGUUUUUAAAUGAAAUUUGAAAUAUUUAGCAAUUUGUUUGUCACUUUGUUGCCUAAUGAUGUAACAACAUACCUUUACCUUUACAUGUGUAUUGAUGCAGGGAUAACAAUGUAAUGGAUUGCAGACCAUUUCAAAACCUGCCUUAUAAUGUCACCUUUAUGUAAAAUAGUUCUGUUUUGUUAAGAUUCUUUGUCAAUGGUAUA